AUGAAGGAGGCCCAGUAUGAGGGGGCGGACGCCGUGCGCAAGGACCAUGUCCUUGUGGCCGUCCGCUUCCGUCCCAUGAGUGACCGCGAGUACCAGCGUGGCGACCGCGAGGUGUGGGAGUGCGAGGGUCAGGCGGUGGGCAUCGCCGACCAGGACACGGGCAUGCAGGUCAAGUUCAUGUACGACCACGUCUUCGGCGGCGCCGCCAGCAACGCCGACGUGUACGGCGCGGUGGCCUCGCCCAUCGUGGCCUCCGCCCUGGAUGGCAUCAACGGCACCAUCUUUGCCUACGGCGUGACCAGCUCCGGCAAGACGCACACGAUGAUGGGGUCCGGGGCGGCCCCGGGAAUGGUCCCGCAGGCCAUCGCCCAGGUGUUUGCCACCGUGGCCCGUGCCGGCGCUCGCACCGAGUUCACGCUGCGCUUGUCCAUGAUGGAGAUCUACAACGAGGUGCUGAACGACCUGCUGGACCCGGCGCGGAGCAACCUGAAGCUGCGCGAGGACCCGCGCCGCGGCGUGGGCGUGGAGGGCAUCACCGAGGAGAACCUGGUGUCGGCGGAGCACGCCAUCCAGGUCAUCGCGCGCGGGAACGAGAACCGCAAGACCGCCGCCACAGCCUUCAACGAGGGCUCCUCCCGCUCCCACACCAUCAUCCGCCUGUCCAUUGAGGCCCGGGACCGACCGGGCGCCAACGCAGACCCCUCCUUCCGCGGCCGCCGCACCUUCUCCCUGCUGAACCUGAUCGACCUGGCCGGCUCCGAGUCGGCGAAAGCUGAGAUCCACAGCAAGCAGCGCAUGGAGGGCUCCUUCAUCAACAAGUCGCUGCUGACGCUGGGCACCGUCAUCCACAAGCUGGCGGAGGGGAACGCCGCCCACAUCCCCUACCGCGACUCCAAGCUCACGCGGCUCCUCCAGUCCAGUCUGACGGGCUCUGGCGCCAGGGUGGCGGUGGUGUGCACGGUCACGCCCGCCUCCACGCAGGCGGAGGAGACGCACAACACGCUCAAGUUCGCGUCGCGCGCCAAGAAGAUCGCCAUCGCCGCCAAGCGCAACGAGAUCAUGGACCAGAGCACCCUCAUCUCGCGCUACCAGGAGGAGAUCACCACCCUCCGCUCCCAGCUGGACAUUGUCAUGCGAGAACAGCUGGCGCAGCGUGAGAACCUCCUGGCCAGCGUGCGGAACCUGGGGACUGUGCGGGGGACCACUAGCAUCAUGCUGGCCGAGCGCGAGUUCCUGCAGGCCCAGCUCUCUGCCUCGGACGAGCACAGCGACAAGCUGGCCCGCGCCCUCGAGCGCAUGCGCCUGCAGCUUGCCGAGUCGCGCGGCGUGGACCCCGACGCCAUCGGCUACGGGCUGGACGAGGACGUGGCCGGAGAAAGUGCGGCGGUGGUGUCCGCGGCGCGCACGCUGCGCCACGGCUACGACCACGUGCUGGCGGAGAAGGUGCUGGCCAUGGAGAGCAAGGUGGGCGCGGCCAUCGAUGCGCUGCGCGCCAAGGAGGAGCAGAUCGGGAGCCAGCGCGCGGUGCUGGCCAGCCUGGCGGGGCUGGAGGACCAGAUCCAGGGCCAGCUGUCGGAGGUGACGGCGGAGAACACGACGCUGCGCGGCGAGAACGCGUGCCUGCGCCGCGAGCUGGACCGGCUGGAGGCGCAGAACAACCAUGUGCAGGGGUACUACCUGGACGACCUGUCCCAUGCCGAGCUGUCGGAGCUGAUUGGCACGCUGACCCAGGCCGUUGAACGUGUGCGCAUCACGGUGCAGCUGCGCCGCCUGGCGCGGGGCAAGCGCGGCAGCAACGUCAGCCUGCUGGGCGGGGAGACGCCGAGCACGGGCAUGAGCCGGGAGGCCAUGCGCGCCGCGCUGCAGGAGCUCCAGCUGCACUCGCCCUCCACCAGCGACAAGCUGACCAACGGGCACGCCCCGGAUGUGCCCACAGAGGCCUGA